AUGAGCAAGAAUCUACUUUCGGUACCGCAGAUCAACAAGCACGGCAAGUUUCAAGUCGUGUUCGACGGUACCAAGAUGUUUGUCGCUCGCAAAGGAUCGCAACAAGUGGUGGCAACAGCAUAUCUUGUGGAUGGCCUUUGCUGGCUUCACACAGCUCAUCGAUCGGCCAAUGCGACAACAAACGGAUGCAACGGUGCCGACUUACAUGCGCGGAUGGGACACGCUUCAGCUGAUGUGCUUCGCAAAAUGGUGGCCACGAACAUGAUUAAGGAUGUGAAGGUACCUCUCACGUCAAGUGGAUCAAGCGCAUGCCGAGGAAGUCAACAAGGGAAAAUGGUCCAAAAACCAUUCCCAUGCAGCCAGGACAAGCGCAGAUACGACACCUUCGAGCUACUUCACGUCUACAUCUGCGGACCCAUGGAGAUGAAAUCUCUGGGUGGCAGCAAGUUUCUACUGCUGAUCGUUGACGAAGCCAGUGGAUGCAUGAAGGGCUUCUGUCUACGUGUGAAGUCGGAGAGUGAAAACUACAUCACACGAUACAUCAAGAUGGUGAAAGCGCAGCUUGGCAAGAAGGUCAAGCUCGUCCGACACGACGGAGCCCGCGAGUUCGCAACCAACUCGCUUCAAGAAUUCUACGAAGAUGAAGGCAUUGAGCAGCAGACGACGGUGCCAUAUGCACACCAGACUAACGGCACGGCAGAGCGCGCCAUUCGGACUAUCGUCACAAUUGGUCGCAGCAUGCUCCACCAUGCUAAGCUGGAAAAUUAUGCACAAGACUCCGUUCGAGAUCGUCCACAACUCCAAGCCAAGUGUCAAGCACAUGCGGGUGUCGGUUGUCAGGUUUACAUACUGAUACCGAAGGAGAAGCGGCUCAAGUGGGACCCCAAGGCUCGCACUGGGAUAUUCCCGGGCUACGAAGAAGUAUCCAAAGCGUACCGCGUUUAUGACAUCGAGGCGGGGCAGGUGGCCAUCAGUCGCGAUGUCAACUUUGACGAGUCUGCCUUUGGACUUUCGCCGCCAGCCACCGAUGAAGACGCCGAUGACCUUGACUUCGACUCCCUCGAUCUGGAUGAUGAAGCGCCAGGUCAAGCGCAGUACAAGCAAACAGGCAAGCGCAAGAGUCGUCCCCAUGAUGAAGGAGUACCAACUCCACCCACGCGCACAGUGAGUCAACGGCCUGGACUAGAAGAAUCAAGUGCGCCAGACAGUCACACGACCCACCAAGAAGAGGAUGAAGAAACAAAGAAUGCUGAUGCAUCGACUCCGCCUGUGUUUUGCGUGCGAGUGCGAACGCCAUCGAAGCAGCAGUAG